GCGAACAGUAAAGCAAAACAAAUCAAAAUUCGACUGACAGUCACGAAGCGGCAGCAACGAAAAACUAAAAUAACGUCUACGAUUUCACCCAGUCAGCGUAUAUAACCCACAGAGCAUCGCCAAUGCACUGCCAAAACCCUAUUGGAAAGACGCUAAGGCGGUGCACACAUGAUGAUACGGUCUAAACAUAAUAACACUUUCUACAUCAGCCCCAUUGUCAUCACGGUAUUGGUGGUGAUAGCUCAAGUAUCCAAUUCCGAAGGUGUGCCAACGUCUAAUUCGACAGCUGCUCCGUCGACUUCAACAUCGCGCUAUGACAAUCCACUGGUCGAGCAUAAGCACGAACGUAACUGCAAGGCGCUCUGCGAGCACUGCGGUUGCCUUGGAUUCUAUUGUGGCGAGGAGUGCAUCUGCGAGUGCAACGACGAGAACUCGGACACGGAAUGUAUCCACACCAUGCAGGUGAAUGCGCGCACGUUGGAAUCGCCCUUUGAGAUUCUCAUCCAGGGACCAAGUAGCAAUCGAUUUGUACGCAAUGCCCAACAGUUCGAGCAGAAGCGCGAGCUUGUGACGAGAAGUGCUGUGGACGGCAAGACAACACGUAAUCGUCGUUCCACCAUUAUCAUCUACAAGCCAUCGUCGGCAGGCGUGAAAGGCGCAGCUUUGUCACUGAACGCAUUGGAAACAUCAUCCAUUAAAGCAAAGAAAUCGGAUCUUGCACGCCACAAGCGUUCCGUGGACCACCUGGAGUGGUUUAACGAUUUCGCCAGCUCCUUGGUGCGUCCAUCUCCACUGGGCACGCGGGGCCAGAAGCAGCGUGAGGAAAAAGCUGCCUCGUUUAAGCGUCAAGCGGUUACAGAAGGUCCGUUGCCAAUGCUUCAGCGGGAACCAUGGUUCCUAGAACAUACAGCUCCAAGGCUUUAUCGUCCCGCUCCACUAUUUAGGCGUCAGCAUUUUACUGACGACAACCAAACUGCCAGAAAAUCAAAGAAAAGUUCCUCGCGCAAAAUCAGAAUCGAUUCUAUUGAAGAGGAAUCCGAGACGAAAGCGCCAAAUUCCAAACCAGAUAUGCGUUCAUUUCGCGAAGCCCUGCAAGUAAUGGAGCGUAUUCCUCGCGUGCUUCAGGAUACGGUUAGCCAUUUGUCCGCCGACGACAACAGUGGCGAUGUCUUCAGCUUGAACAUUAUGAACGAUGUGCUGCCCAAGAAAAUUCCGCGCAAGGAGCGUGUGCCUCGGCGGCUCAGGCAGAGAACUCGGGAUAACGACGCCGACCCAACGCCCGUUGCGACAACUAGGGCACCCGUUGCUGUGCCACCAGCACCGCUGGUGCCCCUGGCACCUCGCGGUCUCUUAUUCCCCUGGCUGCGGCAGCAACGUUUGAGGCGUUUGCGUGGACAACAAUAGAUGUAAAUUUCGGUAGUCCCAUUUAUGUCUGUUUUCUAUUUUUAAGGAUUCUCGAACGGCUGUGCAUUGUCUGGAAGACUAUUUAUAAUUUCCGUUAUCCUUUUUGAAGGAAUGCCGUAUAUUUUAUUUGAAAAUAAAACUUUCUAAUGUCUUUGAGUGCUGGGA